AUGGCGGCGGCCGAGCCGCUCUCAGCGCCGGAAGGGGGCGUGGAAACCGCCUGGGUAGCGCGUGCGCACUGUCCGCCCCGCAAUUCCACGCCGCGCCGCCUCACUCUCGCGAGAGCGGAGUCUGCGCGUGGGGACCUGCAGGCGCUGUCGCUUUCCGCCAUGGCGCUCAAGGUGGCGACGGCUGCUAGCGGCGCUGCGAAGGCCGUGCUCAGACCGGCUCUCCUCUGCCGUCCUUGGGAGCUUCUCGGCGCCCUUGAGGCCCCCCGGAGGAGCUUCUCACAACAAACAAUUCCUCCGUCGGCCAAGUAUGGUGGGCGGCACACAGUGACCAUGAUCCCCGGCGAUGGCAUUGGGCCUGAGCUCAUGCUGCACGUGAAGUCAGUGUUCAGGCAUGCAUGUGUGCCCGUGGACUUCGAAGAGGUGCACGUGAGCUCCAGCGCCGACGAAGAGGACAUCCGUAAUGCCAUUAUGGCCAUCCGCCGCAACCGUGUGGCCCUGAAGGGCAACAUUGAGACGAACCACAAUCUGCCGCCCUCCCACAAAUCGCGCAACAACAUCCUUCGCACCAGCCUGGACCUCUACGCCAACGUCAUCCACUGUAAGAGCCUGCCGGGAGUGGUGACGCGCCACAGGGACAUCGACAUUCUCAUCGUGCGCGAGAACACGGAGGGGGAGUACAGCAGCCUGGAGCACGAGAGCGUGGCAGGCGUGGUGGAGAGCCUGAAGAUCAUCACCAAGGCCAAGUCCCUGCGCAUCGCCGAGUAUGCCUUCAAGCUGGCCCACGAGAGCGGACGCAAGAAAGUGACAGCUGUGCACAAGGCCAACAUCAUGAAGCUGGGUGAUGGACUCUUCCUCCAGUGCUGCAAGGAGGUGGCAGCCCGCUACCCGCAGAUCACCUUUGAGAACAUGAUCGUGGACAACACCACCAUGCAGCUGGUGUCGCGGCCCCAGCAAUUUGACGUCAUGGUGAUGCCCAAUCUGUAUGGCAACAUUGUCAACAAUGUCUGCGCAGGACUGGUCGGGGGUCCUGGGCUCGUAGCUGGUGCCAACUACGGCCACGUGUAUGCAGUGUUUGAAACGGCCACAAGGAACACAGGCAAGAGCAUCGCCAACAAGAACAUUGCCAACCCCACAGCCACGCUGCUGGCCAGCUGCAUGAUGCUCGACCACCUCAAGCUCCACUCCUACGCCACUUCCAUCCGCAAGGCUGUCCUGGCAUCCAUGGACAACGAACACAUGCAUACCCCAGACAUCGGGGGCCAGGGCACGACAUCCGGGGCCAUCCAGGACAUCAUCCGCCGCAUCCGCAUCAUCAAUGGCCGGGCCGUGGAGGCCUAGACCACUCGGACUCGCCACCGCACACUCCCCUCCUGUCCCUCUGCGGGCCCAGAGGCAGGCCCACAAUAAAGCACCUUCCUCCCGUCUG